UCGUACAUCUCUUUCUUCGCGCGGAAUGACUCAACGAGACGGGCCUGGGCAGACCUUGCAUGACCAGACGCAGCUCUUGCCGAAGAAGGAACUCCUGGUCGUCUUCACGAUAAUUGCGCUCUCCCUGUUCAUUUGCGCAGCAGAGCAGAAUGGCAUUGGUGUUCUUUUACCGUCGAUUGCUAGAGAUCUGGAUGCACAAGCGAGUAUCACUUGGGCGGGUACUAGCGCCCUUAUCGCCAACACGGUCUUUCAAGUCCUGUAUGGUCGCUUGAGCGACCUCUUCGGUCGCAAGAAGAUCAUGCUUUCUGCCCUUGUGUUACUAGCACUCUGUGAUCUUGCUUGCGGCCUAAGUGUCAAUUCAACAAUGCUAUACGUCUUUCGUGGUCUUGCUGGUGUCGCAAAUGGUGGCAUCACAAGUCUAUCGAUGAUGAUUGUGAGCGACAUUGUCACACUCCAAGAGCGGGGUAAAUACCAGGGUAUCCUGGGUGUUAUGGUAGGAAUGGGCAAUGCAUUUGGUGAACACAAUUCUUUGAGCNGCCCACUCAUUGCGUCCGCUUUUGCCAUCAAUUUGACAUGGAGAGGGUUGUUUUACCUUCUGUCGCCAUUCACAGUGAUCGUUGCUGUGGCUAGCUACGUGUACCUUCCAUCCAACAUGCCAAAGGUCGAUCUGUGGGAAACAGUCCGGAGGAUCGAUUUCCUGGGUCUCUGCACCGGGACUGUAUUUAUUAUUCUGGUCCUUGUCGCCAUCUCCCAAGGCGGACAUCCUAAAACACCCUGGGACUCCCCACUUGUCAUCGCCAUGCUGAGUGUUGGAGGGGUCUUCGGCGUACUCUUCCUCUUUGUUGAAUGGAGGGCCACGUUGCCGAUGAUGCCCUUGGAUAUGUUCCGGCGCCCAUCUGUUGCAGCCAUGCUCGCUCAAAGUUUUCUCUUCGGUGCCUCCUACUUCGCUUACCUCUACUAUCUGCCGCUUUACUUUCAAAACGUCAAAGGUUUAUCACCACUGAUGUCGGCUGUGGUGUUCUUGUCUCUCGUUAUACCUCAGUCUGCUUCGUCAGUUGUGGCUGGUCUUUACAUGAGCAAGUUCAACCGCUACAUCGAGGUUGUCUGGUGGGGCUUUGGUAUAUGGACAGUGGGAUCUGGUCUGAUGAUAAUGUGCGAUGAGAACACCCACCUUGGUCUCGUAGCAUUCUUCUUGAUCCUGACCGGAUGUGGUACAGGCAGCAUUUUCCAGCCGACCCUUGUUGCACUGCAAGCCCAUUGUCCAAAGGAGCAACGAGCCGUCGUAACGUCCAACCGCAACACAUUGCGAAGCCUGGGUGCCGCUGUGUCUUUAGCUGUAUCCGGUGCUUUACUUGCCAACACGCUCAAGCAUUCAUUGCCGAAGGAGUUACAGUUUCUCGCAGCCGAUAGUUACGCGGCUCCAGAUCUGAAUUCAUUCAGCCCUCAACAGCUCAGACAAAUAUCCCAAGCCUAUGCAUCUGCAAGCAGGUCGGUCUUUAUAUGGUGUUUCGUGACGAUAGCUAUCAGCUUGUCACUCACAACGAUCAUCAGGGAUUCUGGGUUAUCCAGAAAAACAGAGGAACCUGACCAGCAACAAGAAAGUGAUUCUGAGAAUGUGCAGCUAGAAGAGAGCAAUGAGCACUCCAAGAAGUUC